ACCAAGCUUCCGCUUAUCAUCGAGUUUUGAAACUCCGGUAGUUGAAGAGAGACAACCAUCGAGCUAAAAUAAAACUAAAGUACUUCCCAUUCGUGUUUUAGUAGUUUGUCAUAAAAUGCCAAAAUGAUGAACCGAUUAGAGAUUGAUUCGUUCGUAACACACCAAAAUGUCCAUUUUUUCAGGAGUCGCACAAGUGGCAUGAAACAUGACGUAUUGGAGAGAGCAUGCCCAUUAAAAGAUGCUUGUAAGCUGGAGAGAAUCAGUGGGAGUGGAGAACAAUUCGAGAAGCUCCAGAUAUUUCGUUUCGUUCCUAUAAAUAGAUUCCUCGAUACUCUCUGUUCUUUCAAGAGUGAGAAUCAAAUUCAAGAAAAACCAACAACUUUUGAAGAAAACAAAAUUCAACUGAAAAUGUCGAUGAUUCCGAGCUUCUUUGGAAACAACAGGCGUGGCAGCAGCAGCUUCUUCGAUCCGUUUUCUCUAGAUGUUUGGGACCCGUUCAAGGACUUUCCAUCAUCUUCUUCGUUUUCCCGAGAAAACUCGGCGAUCGUGAACGCGCGCGUGGACUGGAGGGAGACGCCGGAGGCGCACGUGUUCAAGGCGGAUUUGCCUGGGCUGAAGAAGGAGGAAGUGAAGGUCGAGGUCGAGGACAACAACGUGUUGAAGAUCAGUGGUCAGAGGCACGUGGAGAAGGAGGACAAGAGCGACACGUGGCACCGCGUGGAGAGGUCGAGCGGACAGUUCACGAGGAAGUUUAGGCUGCCGGAGAACGUGAAGAUGGACCAGGUGAAGGCUGCGUUGGAGAACGGAGUCCUGACUGUGACGGUGCCUAAGGUAGAGACGGAGAAGGCUAGUGUCAGAUCUGUUCAGAUAUCUGGCUGAUUCAAGCAUUCUCUGACCAUGGUUCGAGUUUUUGUGUGUGUUGUGUGUUUCCUCUUCUUGUUUAACUGAGUGUGUCAUGUCCUGUCUGAGAGAUGAUGUAUCUAUACUAAAAUAUUGAAUAAAUAUUAUCUUAAAGCCUCC